GCGGCAUUCCACGCGGCAUUAUUUUCAAACGUUUCGUCAUUUUCUCCCCCACCUGUUGCUAUUCUUUUCCCCGUUUCUGCAAAAUUUCCACAAAUCGCUUUGUGGCCAUCCCGCGUGGUGCCCUGUCACCAGAAACAUGUGACGAACCACCACGGUAAGAACCCCCCGGAUGGUACUACUUGCAUAGCAGUAGCGCUACUAACGGAAAUAGGAAGAGUCCCCCCUUUUGGGAUUCCCCUCCAUCAGUAACUAUACCACCCGCGGCCGCUUCUCUUUCCUGAUUAACAAACAAAUGGGGAAGCGAACCCGGCGAGGGAAGAGGAGAAUCACCUCGCUGAACGAGCUGUACGAACUGGAGUAUGUAAAAAAAGAAAAAAAAAAAAAAUUGAAACAACUCAGCUCAUUUACAGUUAAGAAGAAUGACGAAUCGGGUGUAGAGGAAAACAAAGAGAGAGACAAAAACGGCAAACAAAUUAACCCCUUGAUACUUGAGGAGUAUAAAAAAUUGAAGGAAUUAGAAGAACCGACUUGCGAAAAAGGAAAAGAAACAAAUGGAGAGGAAAGGAAAAAUAAAUCAGCCCACGCAACCUUCUUGCAAAUCUUAAAAAAAAAGGAACAACAGGAGAGAAGAACAAAUGGAGACACGAUUAGUCACGUUAGGAAAAAACACCCAAAUGGGCGACCCGCUUUAGCAGAUCCGUCUGAAGGGACUACCUCCCAUGAAGAGGCAAACCGGGGAAACUCUCCUAACAAGGGGGAAGCCAAAGAAGGCACCACAACCCCUCAGAUUAAAGAAUCCAAAAUAAUGGCGCCAAAAAAUGUAGACGAUUUGUACAUGUCCUUUCUCAUAAGAAGUGUAAAAAGUCAGAGGAGCCAACAGAUCGGAAGGAGCUCCCCCAAAUGGGAGAGUUGCCAAGGUAUGAUGAACACAACUAAGGGGAAAAGCCCAACGGAUGGUUGCUCAAUCAACAGGAGCGAAGCACACAGUGAAGAAUUCAGUGAAGAACUCAGUGAAGAGGCUCCGGAAGGAACCCAACCACACCCCAAUUACUGCCCUACCUACAAAGCCAAAUGCAUUUUUAAAAAUUACAUGAACGAGUCAUACAAAUUGCAUGAAAACAAAAUGGACUACUUCUUCACUUUUUGCCAAAACGUGGACGAGAAAUUUUUGCAAAAAUUUUGCGCAAAAAAGGUGAGCAAAGUGGGGAAAGCUGCUACCGGCGAGCGAGGCAGGAAGGGCGAAACAAUCGAGGAGGCCUAUGUGACGUCCAACUUGUUUUUAGAGACGAACAUUUUUAGCGGCUCACGGGGUGAGCGCGGUGAGCGGCAUACCGGGGAGCGGACCGAGGAGCGAACUGAGGAGCAUACCAACGAUUGCAGCGACAACCGCAGUGACAACCACACCGCUACCCACGCCGACCCCGAGGGCGAACUCUUCUGCGACGUCCAAAUCAAGCCGCAUUUUUUCUCCAGCUACCGGGAGAGAAACCACGUGCCGUAUUACCUGCUGAACGUUCUGGAGACCACCCCAAAGUGCUUUCUGCACAAAGGGAACCCCUACAACGUGUACGAGCCUAUAAUCCAGCGCGCGGAGAAGUACCUCUCCGCCUUUGAGCACCCCCUGGCGUACUUCAACAGGGCGGUUUACAGAUACCUGGGGGAGUACUACAGCGAUGGCCCCAAUCCAGUCAAUCCAGUGGGGGCUCAGCAAAAUGGUGAAACUUAUGAUAGUGGAAGAGACAACCCUCUUGUCCAAGACCACCGCUUUACCCCCCAACUCCAGAUGAAGGACAAAGAGAAAACGCAAAACGUGGUGAACCUCAUGCAGCACGACGAACUGAAGAGCUACUUCCACUACGUCAAUUCGUACGUCGAUGUGUUGUACUCAAACCAACACCUCCUUAACAGCCAUUUUGUUAGACUCCUAAAUUGCGUCCACCUCCUGACCCACUUAAAGAAAAGGAGGAAGAGAAAAAAGUACAUAAAAAAAAAAAUAGAAAAAUUGGAAAAGGAACAACAGGUAGAAAAGGACAACGUGCAGGUGAAAGAAGAACUCUGUGAUGAAAGUUUCGCAAAACCAAAAAUUUUAAUCCUCUGUGGAUUCAGGCACAUUGCAAAAGAGUACACCGAUUUAAUCAUCCAUAUGUUGACUCCCUCUGAGGUGAAAAAUAAAAACAGAUUUGUUGACGAAUAUGAUGUAACUGCUGAAGAGAAAAAAGGCAUCAGAGAGGUCUUCCUAAAAAAGAGAAAACCCAUUGAUUAUAUAAACAUGUACAGAGGCAAUAACGAUGACUGUUUCAGGCUAGGAAUUAAACUGCUCGACGAUGAGAAGAAAAUACAACUGUAUAGCCCAUUCUAUGAGAGCGACAUUUUAAUAUGCUCCCCGCUUGGGUUGGACGUCAUCAUUAAGGAGAGCCAUGGAGAGGCCGAGGAGAAAGUCGGCCUAGAAAGUGAGGACUCUUCCGAUCGAGACGGAUGGGGGGACGAGGAAAAGGGUACAUCAGACAGAGGAAAAAAGAGCAACCGAACAAAAGAAAACAAUUCGAAAAAAAAAAAAAACGAAAAAAAAAAAAAAAAACUUUACGAAUAUGACUUCCUCUCUUCGAUCGAAAUUUUAAUCAUCGACCAGGCAGAUAUCAUUUUAAUGCAAAACAUUUUGACGCUGAAAAAUGUCCUAAACUUUGUGAACAAACCUUUGCUCAAAUGGGGAAGUGCCAACAUAAACCGAAUCCCCAAGUAUGUUAUAAACGGGUACGUGAAGAACUACAGACAAACGAUAAUUACCGCCAGCAUUUUGGACACAACGUUCAUUUCGCUAAUUCAGGCGGCGGCCAAUUACAGGGGCUUCGUGAAGCUGUUCAUGAAGGGGGGAGACGCCGAGGGGGAGAGGGAAAAUGGGCAGCUAGGUAACGAGAAAGAUGGGAAACGGGGAGGCAGUGGACAGCUGCUCAAUGCGGAUGACCCGAGUCGCCCCUGCAAAACGAUCUUGCUAAGCGUAAGAAACCACUUCCACACAAACCAGUAUUUCAGAAAAAUCGAGUGCCCGCACAUUCUCCAAAUAGAGGAAAGCAUCAUACAGUUUUUCGCCACAAACGUAAUUGACAUCCUCACAAAUAUUAAGCAGCUCCUCAUUUUUUUACCCACCUACAUUGAAUACCUUCGCAUACACGAAAUUUUAAAAAAAAAUGACAUCUCCUUUAAAGGGGUGAACGAAUAUACAAAUGAAAAAAAAAUUGGGAAAAUUCAAAAGCUGUUUAAACUUGGAAGAAUAAACAUCCUACUGGUAACGGGCCGUUUGGUUUUUUACGAGAGGUGUACCUUCAGGGGGGCCAACCACGUCAUUUUUUUUUCCCCCCCCAAAUUUCUUUUCAUGUACUAUGAAAUGAUUAAAAAUUUAGCCCCCUCCUCAAAUUCGUCCUCCAUUUGUUACUAUACAAAAUAUCAUACUUACGAGUUGGAGCGGAUCGUGGGGCAAAAACUGGCCAUGCAGUUGAUGCGGGAGAAGCCCGGAAAAAUUACUCUCUUUAAGUGA